UCAGGUUUUUACCCAAAACAGGGUGCACAAUAUCCAACUCAACAGCCAGCUUACCCUGCCCAGCUCCAGCAGGCACAAUUUAGUGGUGGAUACGCCCUUCCACCUCAACAGUCCGCUGGAGGAUACCUUCCUUAUGGUGCACAGGGACCAUAUGGGGUUCCACCCCCUCCAUACAGUGAACCUGCACAGGGUCCUGCUAAUAGUGGCUACAAUGUGCUGGUAUGUUAAGGCUUUUCUUCUUGACCUUAUUCUGGAAUAGGAGUAAGAUUAUUAUUCUGUAAAAACAAGAUUUAUAAAAGAUGUUCUCAUAUGUUUUUUAUAGUGAUGUCUCUGCGAUUUUGUCACAAAUAUAUAAUCACACCAACACAUCUUUUUCCUGCUAGCAGAGGCCUCUUUUCUCUGGUAUUCAGCGGGCGGGAGGAAAAAUGGGCCGAAACGGACUUCGUUGAGCAUGCAGUGCGGUUGAUUGGAGACCUAAUCAUCACAUGAAAAUUUUAGCACAUGGUUAAGUUUGAAACAAGACGUUGACAGGCUAAAUGCAACUUACAAGCUUGUGAUAGUGCGAAACGUGACCUCUUUCUUUCUUUCGCGUAGGUUAUGCAGUGCAUGGAGUACAGUGCUGGGAAUUCUAAACUUUGACCGAGAAAAUUAUAUUUUGUUGUUCCGAGUAUAAAUCAUGUGUAACAGACCGUAGCGCAUGAAAAAGAAAUAAUAUAGCACGAAAACCAGGGAAAAGUGGCCUCUGCUAGCAGUGACGAAUAUACCUCAUUCUAUAAUCAUAAAAUUUCGAUCACACAAAAAUUAGUCAUGUUAAAGGGGGUGAACUAGAAUGCAUACAGUGUGAAAACUUUUUUAUCGACUGUGGGAGUGCAAUCCAUUUUGUUUUUCUUUGGACUGGAGUGCAAUGUCCUGUUGUUCCUCAGUUGGUAAUUGAGAUUGUACAGACAGCGGAUGGUCUCUAAAGAUAUGCACGAGCCUCAGCGGGCUCAAGAAACUGUCAGUAAACAUUACAAGGAGUAUGCAUUUUGCAAAGCACUGUUCAUAAGUGUGGAUGGUGGCUCUUCAACAAAGUCCGUUUCAGCCCAUGGCAGAGGUCUCUUUUCCUCCUACCCCCCGAAUACCAGAGAAAAGAGGCCUCUGCUAGCAGGGAAACAAAUCUUACAACAGACUUUUGUUGCUAAAAGUAUCCUCAAUUGAAUAUAAUUUUUUAUAUAAGUAUGAAUAUUAUAUAAAAGAUUCAGUUGUGUUCAUGUAAAUGAACUGCUUGCUUUAUUUGUUGAUGUAAUUAUUUAUUUUUAAAGGGAGCAGGGUAAACUGUUUGCAUUUGUGGUUUAAACUGACCGGGAAAUUCAGGAACAAGUUUUUUAUGAAUCAACUAUCUUUAUAUCAUGUAAAAAGUUGCCUGGGGGACCUAUUUAAUUUUAGGAGCCCAAUUGUGGGGGUUUAAUAGAUAGGAGGGGUUUAAAAGUGAGAGGCAUUUAUUUUACAAUAUUAUUUUGACAAUGCUUUCGCCAAGUACUAUAAUUAUAUUACAACAGGUUAUAAAUAGCAGACUAUCCACUCCAUCUGUUUGAGGCUGUUAAGAGAUCCAUAUCUCAUUUGUUUUAAACUUAACUUCGAUGUUAGACACUUUACUUUGAAUAUGACAUUGAAAAAGUGAUGAUUCUUAACAUCUAUGAAAGUGUACUUGUAACAUAAUUUCCACUUACUUUAAUUUUUUUCUUGAAGCCUCAGCAAGUGGCCCGACCAUAUCCCAGCAUGGCCCCUACAGGAUACCCAACACAGCAGUACCCUGUGGGGCAGUAUCCUAUGCAGGGUGCUGUGCCUGUGGUCCAAGGCUCUUUUGAUCCAGGUGCAAGAUUUAAUGCUGGGGCAACAGUAAAUGUUCCAGUAAGUACGUUAAUACUACUAAGAUGAUGUGACCCUGCCUUGAAGAGUUUGAAGUUACAUGUGUGUUCUCAAGCAUUGUGUGACUGUUAGUUAAUAACCAAUCAAGUUUCUUGUCGUUGUUGUCAUCGUGAAAUAACUGGUUGGACAAAGCAAUCGUUAUUGUGAUUCUGGUCAGCUAUUGAGUACUAGUGAACUGUUAUUAUUUACAGUCUAUGUCAUAGAAUCUUCUCGUAACCCUCGGUGUUCCGAGAUAAAGAUAAAGGUAAAUCAGUGGUCUGUGGUGGGUAUAACUUCUCCUCUGCCUCUGUCUAGUUGAACAGUGAGCAGCCAACAACAGAGAGUGAUGAAAGGGUUAAGUUUCUGAAAUUAUGGGAUUUGUCAGGAUAUUCUGAAAGAACAAUGUCCAAGAGGCCUACUUACCAAAAAUGAGCAUUUCAGGGCGGGGUUUAUAUGGAGUUUUCUAAGCAUAACUGGGCUACGAUCUCAGAGCCAAUUUGCCCUGAAAUGCUCAUGUUUGGCAGGUAGGCUUCUUGGACAUUGUUCUUUUAGAAUAUCCUGACAAAUUCCAUGAUUUCAGAAAUUUCAUUUUUAUGAUGUCACACUUAAGUACUGUAUGAUGAUAAUAAAACAAUUUCGUCAACCUUAUGAGGUAGUAAAGAUGUAAUGCCAGUAAGUCUUAGCUUGAGUAAAUAGCUAACAUUUUGCGAUGCCCUUACUGGUUUCCCCCCCUGAAAAUGGCGUCUGAGAAACAAGCACAGAAAUUUACCAUUUACUGAUGAUGCAUUACUACCCAAUUAUCAGUAUGAAAUAGGCCUUUUCAAAAAAUACCUUAAGACUUUUGUUUGCCCCUCCAAAAUUUUGCAUAUAAGCAUUGUUUCUCUCGGGACUAAAUCUCCUCUAGAGAAAUUGAAAACAAAGAGUAUUAUGGUAUUUUUGAAAAAGGCCUAUUUCUGCGCUUGUUCUUUAAACAUCAUUUUCGGGGUAACCAUUGAUGGACUCGUGAAGUGUCGGCUGUUUCCUAAAGCUAAGUAAGUGGUUGAAAUGUUAAUCAAAAUUUCAAGUAACUAAAUCAUGAGGGAAAUCAAAAUAUGUUUUAUCACAUCACAAAAUGUUAGCAUGCAUCCAUCACAUUCAAACCCAUCUAAUCUUUAUCCUUUGUUUUAAACAGCCUCCUCCCCCAGGUUAUGCUCCUAAUGCAGCUCAAAUAGCAGCAUCCCAGGGACAGUCUGUUAAUGUACAACAGAGGCAAGCUGGAUGGUUCAGCGGAGGUACCGGUGGAGGAUAUACCUUCUGGUAG